UAAUCUCAUCACUCUCAGAAGAUAAUCAAAGAGGAAAACAAAAACAAGCUUCGCGAUGAAAUCUCUUUUGAUGCGAACCGGUUCGAUGCCGGUUCAAAACCGGUUUAUCCCGUCGACAAUCUCCCGUCACAACUCCGUCGAAUCAUUAUCCACGUACGGCGAUAAAUUCCCCGCCGGCAAGAUCACCAUCAACGCCAAGUCCACGAUACGGAGAGUGUUAUCGGAGAGCGACGUGAUCAGAUCCAAGAGAAUCUCAAAGAGCGUCGGAUCAAAGCCUUCUCCGGCGAGAAUCCCGGAGGAAGAGGCGGAGGAGCUAGGUGACGGUGGAUCUGGAUUUAGCGGCGGCGGAGAGGGAAGCAGAGGAGGAGGAGGAGACGGUUACGACGGUCGGAGCAAGAUCGGGGAGUAUUAUAGGGAGAUGUUGAAAUCGGAUCCGAACAACUCGCUUCUUCUGAUGAACUACGGAAAGUUCUUGUACGAGGUGGAGAAAGAUUUGGAGAGAGCGGAGGAGUAUUACGGGAGAGCUAUACUUGCGAGUCCUGGUGAUGGUGAGGCGUUGUCGAUGUAUGGGAAGUUGAUUUGGGAGAGGAAGAGGGAUGAGAAGAGAGCUCGAUGUUACUUUGAUCGUGCUCUUAUUGCUUCUCCUCAUGAUUGUAUGGUUUUGGGAUCGUAUGCACAUUUCAUGUGGGAAGCAGAGGAUGAUGAGGAAGAAGAAAAGUUGAUGGUUGGUGCGUCACCAGUUAUGGUUUCUGCGGUUUAGAAACGCGUAAAGACUUAACAGGAAGAAGUAAAAGAGUGAUGGAGAGACUGUGACUAUGUAUUUUACUGAACUUUUCUAACUCCUUUGUUUUACUUGAUGUAAUGGUAAUCUGGAGAGUAAUAAACAUAUAUGUGACAGGAUAUGCUAUGUAAGAGAUAAUAAAAAGUGCUUUUGUAUAAUUAGAAGUUUUGUAUUAAGGGUUGGAACAUUUGCAAUUUGGUAGAGAA